AUGCCAACACUGGAUGACAUUUUAGAGCAGAUUGGAGAAUUUGACUUCUUCCAGAAACGCACCCUCUUUUUCUUAUGCCUGCUUUCUGCUACCUUCGUUCCCAUUUAUGUGGGGAUUUUUUUCCUGGGAUUCACCCCCGAGCACCAUUGCCGCAGCCCCGGCAUGGCAGAGCUGAGCCAGCAGUGUGGCUGGAGCCUGGAGGAGCAGCUGAAUCACACGGUUCCCGAGUGGGGCAGCCAUGGGGCCAGUUUCAGCAGCCGCUGCAGGAGGUACAAAGUGGACUGGAACACCACGGGCAUCAGCUGCACCGACCCCCUCGGCAGCAUCGUAGGCAACCAGAGCACCGUCCCCCUCGGUCCCUGCCAGCAUGGCUGGGUCUAUGAUACCCCAGGAACCUCUAUUGUGACAGAGUAUAACCUGGUGUGUGAGGACUCCUGGAAGCUGGACUUCUUCCAGUCCUGUGUGAACGCUGGGUUUUUUAUUGGCUCCAUGAGCAUUGGCUACAUAGCAGACAGGUUUGGCCGCAAACUCUGCCUCCUGAUCACGGUCCUCAUCAAUGCAGCCUCAGGUGUUCUCAUGGCUUUUGCUCCAAGCUACUCUUGGACAGUGGUCUUCCGCCUGAUACAGGGACUGGUCAGCAAGGGGAGCUGGCUGACAGGCUACGUCCUCAUUGCAGAAUUUGUUGGCUCAAGCUACCGGAGGGCAGUGGGCAUCAUUUACCAGCUUGCCUUCAGCGUGGGACUCCUUGUCCUCACUGCCCUCGCUUACGUGCUUCGACAGUGGAGGUGGCUCCAGUUCACAGUCACACUGCCCAAUUUCUUCUUCCUGCUCUACUAUUGGUGUCUGCCAGAGUCUCCCAGGUGGCUCAUAGCUCAAAAGCAAAAUGACAAAGCUAUAGAAGUUAUAAAGCACAUUGCCAAGGGAAAUAAGAAGAAGCUACCUUGCUCUUUCCAGAAUCUCAGCUCCGAAGAUGAAGAUGGAGAAAAGCUGAAACCUUCAUUUCUAGACCUUGUCAGGACACCUCAGAUCAGAAAACACACAUUUAUUUUGAUGUACAGUUGGUUCACAAGCUCAGUCCUCUACCAGGGGCUCAUCAUGCAUUUAGGAAUAGCUUCUGGGAACAUGUAUCUGGAUUUCCUCUAUUCUGCUCUCGUCGAGUUCCCAGCUGCCUUCAUCCUCAUGCUAACGCUGGAUCGCAUUGGCCGUCGUUAUCCCUGGGCUGCAGCAAACGUGAUGGCAGGUGGUGCUUGCCUCAUUACAGCAUUAGUCCCAGACACUGUUUAUUGGCUUAAAAUGACUGCAGCUUGCUUGGGCAGGAUGGGAAUUACCAUGAGCUACGAAAUUAUUUGUGUGGUAAAUCCUGAGCUGUAUCCAACAUUUCUCAGGAACCUGGGAGUCCUCGUCUGCUCAUCCAUGUGUGACCUCGGUGGAAUCAUCACACCCUUCCUUGUGUACAGACUGGCAGAGCUCUGGCACGAACUGCCCCUAGUAGUCUUUGCUGUGAUUAGCUUAAUUGAUGGUGGCUUGGUUUUGCUCCUACCUGAAAUGAAGGGAAAACCUCUCCCUGAGACCAUUGAAGAUGCUGAAAAUUUGCACAGGGAAGAGAGAAGCCAAGAAAAAAUUAUUUAUCUCCAUGUUUUGACUUCUGAAGCUGCCCACAAGUAA